CUGUAGAUGACCUAGAGUAUUGCUUAUUCGUUCUCCUUUAGUAACAGAGACCAGGCUUACAAGUGACCUAGAGAACACAGCAAUCGGGCCUGGCUGAGCAUUGAGUGGAUACCUACUAGAUGACCCAUUAAGAAGCCAACAGACAGCCAAGAGUACAUGAACAGAUUUAAGACAUUUUCUGUCUCGAUUAUCAGUAAUGCACCGAAAAAAAAUGGAUGUCUCUGGAUCAAAACAAAUACACAAAAGGAAAAUACUGCAGUUGUUUUCUUGUUUCUUUUGUACCCGAAAUCAAAAGAAACUGAGCCAUAAAUCCCACGAAGUGGAAAAAAAACUCUGUAGAGAAAAUAAGGCGUUGAGAGAUGAAAACAGGGCUCUGAGAAUAGAUAACAGAUUUCUCUGGGGGGAAAACAAAGCCUUAGGAAGAGAAAAUAAAACCUUUCGGAUGGACAACCAGUUCAUCAGGGAAAGGAACCACAUCCUAAGACAACAGAACCAGCUACUCCGGAAGGUGAAAAGGUUGAUUUCAGAGAACACAAAACUGUCUGGGGAAGAAUCCAAGGCCUCGAACACAGAAGGAAAGUCUUUUUGGCAACAGAAUCGAGCCAUGGAAGCUCAGAUCACAGCUCUCCGGCAGCAAGAGAAAGCCAUCCAGAAUGAGGCCAAGGCUCUGCAUGAGGAGAUUAAAUCCCUGUGUGAGGAGACCAAGGCUCUGCAACACCAGGAGAGGGCUCUCAGAAUGGAAGAGAAAGCCCUGAUGGGGAUUAGAAUGGCUGCGGAGCUGGCAGAAGCCCUGACCAAGGAGGGAGUUGCUCUAGAGAUGGAAGAACAGGCUCUGUGGAAGGAAGAGCAGGCUCUCCGGGAGGAGAACAAGGCACUGAGAGAAGAGCACGGGGCUCUACAAGAUGAAGAAGUUGCCCUGCAGGAAGAGGCGAAAAUCCUCCAGGAGUGGAAUAAUCUUCUUCAGGGGAAAAUCACAAACAACCUUCCAGAGAAAAUGCAAAACCAAGACCCAGAGAAGGGCAACCCAAGAAUGUAACCACGAAGUCACGACAAUAAUUGGCAUUCCAGAACGUAAAAGUAGAAUUCGAUCGACCGUGUAACCUUAUUGUUAGAAGACUCAGAAAUUGACGUGCUCAAUAUUUGGUCCUGGAAACAAAAUAAAGGCCUGAGAAACGAUGUAACAUA